CUCCCUACAGGUUAUAAACAUCAAAUGAGCUUCCCUUGCUUCAGAAACAUAUCAUGGAGCUCUUACUACAAGAACUUCACACUCAGCUUCACUAUUACCAACAUGUUUUACACAACAAAGAUGAAUCAAAAGGACUCCAGAACAUUCAAGGCUGCUGAGCAUAUCCUGCAAAUCUUGCUCAAGGUAUUGUUUGGAAGCAGCAGGAUUGGCUCUCAGUAUUCUGGAUGCAGUGACCUUUCACUGAGGUCUCUGAGGAACAGGAUAGCAACCGGAGUGGAUAUAGUCUGCAGUUUCAAGAAGGACUCCUCCAACCAUGUCCUGGACAAAAAGGUGGUUUACUGGGAGCUGACUGAACAGCUCUGUACAAGAAAGCUAAAACACCUGGUUAUAGACAAUGAUAGCCUCAUUGUGAAUGGGUAUCAACAUAAGCUGCCAGGAAUCAGAUCCACAAAGAGUUCAAUUAAAUCUAAAACCCAUAAAGACAUGAAACAGGAAUUGGAGAGGGCAGGAGAGACACAUUCUCACGUGUCAGGAAGUGAGGCUGGUGUAGGAGCUGUCACCCAUAUCCCCGACCAUGGAGAACCAGGAAAAAUCAUGACAUCACUGACUAGUGGCCUCCUGAUCCGGGAAUCCACUGUAUAUGCUAUAGCGAGUGAGAUUGGUGUAGGGCCCUUCACCCAUAUCCGAGACCACGGAUCAGCAAGAGACAUGACAUCAGUGACCAGUGAAUCUACUGCAGGUGCCAUGGGUAAGAAAAUAUUUCUUUUCUUUCUAUUAUACUGGUAUUCAUCCUUGCUCUGGGCCCUUGUUUUCCAGCUUUCAAAUAUGAUAUGGACUCAUCUUCAUAGAGGUGAUGCUGGUGUGGUGCCAGUCACACAUGCCCAAGGCCAUGAAGGACCAGGAAGCACAGGGGCACUGAUGAGGAGCCCCCUGACCCCUGUGUCUACUGUUAUUCCCACAGGUGCUGUCCAGCAGCCCUUACAAGAAAGGAAAGAUAGAAGAUUGACCCUUGGGGGAAGGGAUGAAGCCGAGGGGAUGGAUCAGAAUGGAGGCAGACACCAAUGCAAUAUUACCAAUGAGCAAGCUGCACAGAUCAAGCUCCAGCUACCUAACUUCAAAGGACAUGAGGCAGUUAGAUAA